AUGCAGUUCCAGCCCGUCCAGCCCGACGGCUCUUUCUCCAGCCAAAAGGCAAGCGAAUCCUUCAGCCGAACAGCCUCGCUGGCUCCCACUGUGCCCUUUCAGAACGACCGGGGGGAAGCAAGUCUGCUCGAGCAGAUUGAGGCGUCUGUAAUCGGAUCAUGUGCUCCUGUUCAGACCCCCUUCGGGACUCGCAAGCUCGUCUACGCGGACUACACAGCUUCCGGCCGUUCGCUCACGUUCAUUGAGGACGCGAUCCGGCAUGAAGUGCUGCCCCACUACGCCAACACGCACACGACGGUGUCACACACGGGGAAGCAGACCUCCAAGUACCGCGAGGAAGCGAGGAGCAUCAUCUUCGAGAGCGUUCACGGCAAGGAAGGCAAAGACGUCGUGUUGUUCGCGGGGUCAGGAUGCACAGCAGCCAUCUACAAGAUGGUUCAGCUGCUGAAGCAGAGCAAGGGGUGGAGGGAGAGCCUGGAGAGGAAGGAGCGGCCGCUGGUCAUCAUCGGACCGUACGAGCAUCAUUCCAACAUCCUGCCAUGGCGGGAGAGCGACGCGGAUGUGGUGGAGGUGCAGCUGAAGGGGAAGGGAGGAGUCGACCUUGACGACCUGCGCCGGGUGCUGUUGAAGAACAGGGGGAGGAGGAUGAAGAUAGGAUCAUUCUCCGCCGCCUCCAACGUCACGGGAGUGCUGACGGAUGUAGAAGAGAUCGCUACAGUCCUCCACGAGCACGGAGCCCUCGCCUUCUUCGACUACGCGGCUGCUGGGCCCUACGUGGACAUCGACAUGAACCCCUCGAGGCCUCUGGCCUACAAGGACGCUGUCUUCAUCUCUCCGCACAAGUUCGUGGGGGGGCCGUCGACUCCCGGGGUCCUCGUCUUCAACAAGAAGGCCGUAUAUGAGGACGCCAAGGCGCGAGGGUCUCCCUGCACGCCAGCGGGAGGGACCGUCCUGUUCGUGUCCAACUUCGAGCAUCGGUACCUAGACUCGGUCGAGGAGAGGGAGGAGGGAGGCACGCCGGAGAUCGUAGGAGCGAUCCGGUGCGGUCUGGUGUUCCGACUGAAGAUGGAGGUGGGAGUGAGAACGAUCGAGGAGCGGGAGCGUCACUUCUGGAAGGAGGCAAAGGCAGCAUGGGGGGCUAGCGGGAAGGUGUUCAUCUUGGGGGACGAGAACCUGCCGCGGCUGAGCAUCGUCUCGUUCGUGGUGGCGCACGGGAAGCGGCUGCUGCAUCACAACUUCGUCGCUUGCCUGCUCAACGACCUCUUCGGCAUCCAGAGCCGAGCAGGGUGCGCGUGCGCCGGCCCCUUUGGCCAGCGGCUCUUUGACAUAAGCGUUUCGGCAGGGUUCGUGAUCGAGACGGCUGCCCUGCAGGGGGACGAAGCGAUCAAACCCGGGUUCGUGCGGCUCAACUUCAACUUCUUCCUCUCGGAAAAGACGGCCCGCUUCCUUGUUAAUGCCGUUCUGUUCGUCGCCGAGCACGGCUGGAAGCUCCUACCUCUCUACCGGCUCGUUCCUAGGACGGGGGAGUGGCGGUAC